AUGGCACUCUCUGACGUCCGACCAGCUUCUCUCAACGGCGAGACGGGCGUGUUGCGACGGAACACGAGCGGAUUCGACGAGGUCAAGGAUGUCGAGAAGGGCAUCGUCGCAGCCGACGCGACAGAGGUCGGCAUGGUGCGGUCGGGAGAGGAACUGCAGCGGUCAAUGAAGGCGCGGCAUGUGGCAAUGAUCUCCCUAGGCGGCGCCAUCGGAACGGGAAUCUUCCUCGGAACCGCUAACGCCCUGCGAAUGGGCGGUCCGCUUGGAAUCCUUCUCGGCUACAGCAUCAUGGGCACGAUCGUCUACUCCGUCAUGGUCGCCCUCGGAGAAGUCGCGGCGCAGCUUCCCCUUCCUGGCGGAUGCGUAACGAUGGCAGCUCGCUUCGUCGACAAGCCUUUCGGCUUCUGCGUCGGAUACUGGUACCUCUACGACUGGCUUCUUGCGAUGCCGGCGGAACUGAGCGCGUCGGCGGUCUUGAUCUCCUUCUGGGACAACCACACAAGCCCAGCAGUUUGGAUCGCCGUCACAGGUUUCGUCGCCGUCCUGAUCAACUUUGGCGGCUCGCGCGUCUACGGCGAAACCGAGUUCUGGUUCGCGUCCAUCAAGAUGGUCACCAUCCUUGGCCUCAUCAUCCUCGGUAUCGUCCUCACGGCCGGUGGCGAUCCUAGCGGCGAGGUCAUCGGUGGAAAGUACUGGCAGAACCCCGGACCGUUCGUGCAGUACCUCGGGAUUGCCGGCGCAAAGGGUCGCUUCCUCGGCUUCUUCACCGUGCUCUUGCAGAGCGCCUACUCGUACAUCGGAUCCGAGAUUGUCGCUAUCGCGGCCGCAGAGGCCAAGAACCCGAAGAAGACCGUCCCGUCCGCGAUCAAGAAGGUCUGGGUCCGCAUCGUCCUCUUCUAUGUCUGCUCCGUCACCGUCAUCGGCCUCCUCGUCUCGUCCGCCGACCCGCGCCUGAACCUCUCGGACGGUACCGCCGCCUCUUCCCCCUUCGUGAUCGCCGUCAAGGACGCCGGCAUCAAGGCUCUUCCCUCAAUCGUCAACGCCGCCAUCUUGACCUCCGCCUGGUCCGCCGCCUCAUCGGACGUCUACACCUCGUCUCGCUGCCUUCACGGACUCGCCCUCCAGGGCAACGCUCCCCGAGUCUUUGCGCGCACAAACUCGUGGGGCGUUCCUGUCCCCGCUGUCGGCGUCGCAGUCCUCUUCGCCCUCCUCGCCUUCAUGAGUGCCGGCGCAGGACGCGCAGGCGAAGUCUUCGGCUGGUUCGCCAACAUGACGAGCGUGUGCGGCCUACUCGUUUGGGGAUCCAUCCUGAUCGUCUACUUGCGCUUCUACUGGGGCGCCAAGGCCCAGGGACUCAAUCGCCGCGAGUUCGCCUACCGCGCGCCCUUCCAGCCGUACCUCUCCUACUACGCCCUCAGCAUGAUCGUCAUUGUCCUCAUCUUCAGCAAGUAUACCGUCUUCCUCAAAGGCCACUGGAACACGGCCGACUUUAUCACUUCCUACCUCCCCAUCGCCCUCUUCCCGCUCACGUACGUUACGGUCUACGUCUGGAAGCGCUACAUCCGGAAGCUGCCCCGGAGCGAAUGGGCACGCACGCCGCUCGCCGAUCUCGACUUUGUCUCUGGCUCUCGAGCAGGCGACGAUGAUGAGGAGCCUGAGCCGAAGACCAAGGUUGGAAAGGUCCUCAACGCUCUUCUCUAG